AAAGCGAGUUCAAAAUGUCAUGCAAACGGCGCCAUUUUACUAGGUUUGAAACGACGCUCUCUCACCGACCAAACGGCAGAUAGAUCGUCUCUCCCGUGUCGUAGAAACUGAGAAAUCAGCAAUGAGUGACAAAAUUUCAGGAAGCGAUCCUUCGGUAAUUGAAAUCGAAAGCAAUUUGGAUAGCGGUCGAAUCUCAGAUGUGAAAGCAUGGCUAGCCUCUCAAUACGAUGCCGCUGGCAAAGACGUCCCCGAUUUCGAAUACACUCCUCGAACCAUCGGUCGUCUCCACAACCUCUCAACUCUCUCCCAAGCCAAAACCCAAGCUGCCGGCAUACUAGCCACCGAUUUCCGCCAAAAAGCCGCCGAAUAUCGUUGCCAAGCGGCUAGGGUUAGGGAGAUAUUGGAGAAUGUGGGAUUGCCACAAGAGGGUUUGCCUUCAAAUGUGGUCGCAUCAGCGCAGUGUCUUGCGAAUGUGGCAAAUUUGUUGAAUACAAGAGAUACUGAAUUGAGUAGUUUUCUUGUAGCAAUGGGGGACAUGUCUUUGAGGAAAUCUGAAGUGGAGGAGAAGAGGGCUAAAGUGCAGAAGGAGUCCAAAAUUCUUCUUGAUUACACCCGAAAAGCAAUUGCAAGGAUGACUUAUUUGAAAAGAAUUCUUGGACAGCUGGAAGAUGAUGUAGCUCCAUGUGAGGCUCAGAUGGAAAAUUGGAAGACAAACUUGGCAAUAAUGGCAUCAAAAGAGCGACAAUACCUGCAGCAAUAUCGUAACUAUAAGGCAUUACUUAAUCGUGUGGGCUACACCCCAGAGAUCAGCCAUGGGGUGUUGGUUGAAAUGGCUGAGCACAGGAAGGAUUUGGAGAAGAAAACAAAGCCCAUCCUUGAUACUUUGAGAAGCUACCAGGACUUGCCUCCUGAUAAAGCCUUGGCUGCUCUAGCCAUUGAGGACAAGAAAAGGCAGUAUGCUGCUGCAGAGAAGCGCCUUGAAGAUGUGUUGCAAUCAGCUCUUGCCACUUCUGAGUAACAUGCCAGAGCUUGUUCCUCCUGUAUCACGAGUCCCUAACACAUACACUCAGGUUGCUGUCUUGGCUUCGUCUGUCUAGCCAAGCUAAUGCAGGGGGUGAUUCCAAAACUUCGAUCUUUGCACAAAUCAGUCCUUCAGAACAGGACUUGGGGUGAAACUCCUAAGUUCAUUGAACUUUGCAACUGGAGUUCGAGGGGUGGAGUUAGGUCCUGCCAAGAGGCAGAUUGAUAUGGGUGAGCUUCAAAAGAUGAAAAUGAUGCUUGAUAAAGUAAAGCAAGAAUCCAACUCAAAAGAUGAGGCUUUGGGGAAAUUAGAAUAGAACUUUCAGAAUUUGGAAGGCCAAAAGCAAGGAUCGGAUUUGCAGGAAUCAAAA